AUGACACAAUCUUGUUGCUGUAGUCAUUCAUCGAAGGGAAACUCCCACAGGAAAAGGCAUAAAGCUGCUCAGGGAAGGCUAAGGAGCUGCUCAGUGCUAGGCAGUCAAACAUUGGGUGAGAUUCACACCGAGCUAAACAUGAGUACCAGCCAAGGCCCUUUUCAAUUUUUUUCUGGGUCCCUCAGGGGUAGUUCAGGGUGUGGUUUGGCCCAGCAAGGAACUUCUUACAGACCUUCAAGUGCAGAUGGUGGUGCCAGCAGCACACAUCCCUCUUUCUACUCUGCCAGACCCCUCUGGCUGGCUGCUGGAGGAGGGGCACCUUGGGGAGGCUUCGGCGAGCACCAUGGGGAAAGCAUCUUCCUGGGUGGGAAUGAGAAACAGACUAUGCAAAACCUGAAUGACCGUUUGGCUGCCUACCUGGACAAGGUCCGCUCCUUAGAAGCAGCUAACGCUCAGCUGGAGAGCUGCAUCCUAGAGUGGCACAAGACAAAGUCUCACGGAAAGAGACAUGACUUCAACCAGUACGAGCAAAACGUCACUGACAUGCAAAGACAGAUUGAGGAUGGCAAGAUCACCAAUGCCAGUAUCCUUUUACAAAUCGAUAACGCCAGCAUGGCAUCGGAAGACUUCAGGCUCAAGUAUGAAGCAGAGAAGUCUCGCAGGCAGGGAGUGCAGCUUGAUGUUGAGAACCUGCGUAAGGAGCUCGAUGGCCUGACCAUUAUUACAACAGAUCUGGAAAUGGAAAUUGAAGGCUUGAGAGAAGAGCACAUCCUCAGGAGGAAAGACCACGAGGAGGAUAUGGAAGCAAAUCGCUCAUCACAAGACUUUAAAGUCAAUGUAAAAGUAAAUGCAGCACCUCCUGAAGACCUAGCCAAGAUUCUAGCAGAAAUAAGAGAAGAUUAUGAAGCCAUAAUUGAAAAGAAUCGUCAAAGCCUGGACAGUUGGUACAAAGAACAGAGUGCAGCUAUGUCCCUGGCAGCAACCCCCAGUCCAGAGCAGAUCCAGCGCAAUGAGAACGAGAUCAAGGAUCUAACGCGCACUUUGCAGUCGCUGGACAUCGAGCUGCAGGCACAGAUGAGUAAGAAACACAUGCUGGAAGACACCUUGGCUGACACUCGGAAUUACUAUGCUGUUGCGCUUCAAAACAUGCAGCAGAUCAUCUCCAAAUGUGAGAAAGAGCUAAGCCAGGUUCGUCAUGACAUUAAGCAGCAAAAUAACCAAUACAAGAUUCUUCUUGGGAUCAAAACCCGCCUGGAGAAAGAAAUUUCCACUUACCGCCUGCUGCUGGAAGGGAAUGUUGACAGUAUAGCAAGAAAAUCUGAAUCAAAAGCUAAAGAAUGUGCUGAGCUGAGCAAUCGAAAGAUCAAAGCAAUUGUCCAUGACAGUGUGAAUGGGCAGGUGGUGUCCUCCACCAUCAACGAGAUCCACCAGCAAGCAUGA